AUGUCCAAAAUUGAUAGUUAUCACGCAAUGGUUGUCUCAAAAUAUUUUUCAAGUUUUGGUGAUUUCGUAAAACUUCAAUGUGUAUGUAAAAAGUAUAACAGUACCCUUGACAAAUUUCGUUAUAAUCCAAUUCCACUCACUCAAACAAAUGUUAAACAUUUCCCACACCUCGAGACUCUCAUGAUUUAUAAUACUUUCGAUUAUUUCUACUCGCAAAUUGUAUCACAGAAUUAUCAUCUUAAUCACUAUCGCGUUGUAUUUUUGUGUCCUGUUUCGUACAAUUUUUACAUGCAAAACAGCGAAACCAAAAAUUUCGUUUUCAAAAACGUUUUAUACACAAAAGACGACAAAAAACACUUUGGAAAUACAAUUCCCAAAAUAGUCAACACUUUUGAAAAAGAUGUUUUUCAAUAUGACACGACACUUAUUAUUAUCACUAUUCCACAACAAAUAACGUUGUUACGUGAAAAUUCUUUCUUUUAUUGCACUAACUUGACUUCUGUAGUAUUAUCAAAUGUUAAAAAGAUUGAAACAAGUUGUUUUGACCAUUGUUUGUUCUCUUCUAUUGUGUUACCUUCAACUUUGGAACAUCUUGGGGAUAAGGCUUUUAACUACUGUUAUCACCUUAGUGAGAUCACAAUACCAGGAAGUGUCACAUUCAUUGGUUCUUCGUGUUUCUGGGGGUGUAAUUUGAGGACACUUGUUGUUGAAAAGGGGGUUAAAUAUUUGAGUGAAAGAUCGGCGUUCUCUGGAUGCGAGUCUUUAAAAGAAAUAGAAAUACCAGAAGGUAUACAAGAAUUGCCAAAGAAGUGUUUUUGUGAUUGUUCUCAUUUAAGUAGAGUCAAGCUAAGUGAUAAUAUUAAAAGACUUGGUGAUAUGUGUUUUGAUUACUGUGAAAAGUUGUAUGAAAUCGAACUACCAGCAUCACUCACUUAUAUUGGAGAUGAUUGUUUUCAAAAACAAGUUUUGUUCAAAAAAAGGACAAAAUAA